AUGGCCACCACCGAAACUCUCGAUGACGGACGUGUCAAGUCGCGCGUCGCCAACUACACUGCCUUUUGGGACAACGACUCGGCCAAGGAUGGAGAUGCUCACAAGGACAACCGUCUCGAAAACUACAAGGACGUCAUCAACGGCUACUAUGACGGAGCUACUGAGCUCUACGAGUAUGGCUGGGCCCAAAGCUUCCACUUUUCCCGCUUCUACAGGGGCGAAGCUUUUUUGCAAUCGCUGGCCCGUCAUGAGCACUACCUUGCUUCCAUGAUGAACCUCAAGCCCGGUAUGCGUGUCCUCGAUGUCGGAUGUGGUGUCGGUGGUCCAGCACGCGAGAUUGCUCGUUUUGCCGACGUUAACAUCACCGGUCUCAACAACAACGACUUCCAGAUCGGGCGUGCUCGUAAAUACACUGAGAAGGCUGGGUUGUCGGACCAAGUCCAGUUUGUCAAGGGCGACUUUAUGAAGCUCAGUGAGCAAUUUGGAGAAAACACCUUCGAUGCAGUUUAUGCCAUCGAGGCCACGGUACAUGCUCCCACUUGGGAAGGUGUAUAUGGUGAAAUCAAAAAGGUCCUCAAGCCCGGAGGAAUCUUCGGUGUCUAUGAGUGGUGCAUGACUGACGCCUGGGAUCCCUCUAACCCUGAGCACAAGGACAUCGCCCACGGUAUUGAAGUUGGCGAUGGAAUUCCUGAAAUGCGCACAAUUAAGCAAGCCCGUGAAGCUCUCAAGACCGUUGGCUUCGAGAUCCUCCACGAAGAAGAUUUGGCAGACCGUCCUGACCCUAUCCCCUGGUACUACCCUCUCGAGGGUGACAUUUGGAAGGCUCAGACUGCCUGGGACUAUAUUACCGUUUGGCGCAUGUCGUGGAGCGGGAAGAUUGUUACCCAGACUACAGUGAGGGUGCUCGAAGCCUUCGGGCUUGUACCUAAGGGCACCUUUGAUGUCGGUGAGGCUCUGAAGAAGGCCGCCGAUGCCCUGGUCCGUGGUGGACAGCAAAAACUCUUUACUCCCAUGUAUCUUGUGGUUAGCCGCAAGCCAGAGUAA